AUGGCCCCUUAUCAUACAACACCUGCAGAACUAUUAUGGGAAUUAAUGACAAACUAUAAUUGCUUGAAAAAGGGAUUUAUUAGACCGAGUACCUCACCGUGGGGAGCACCAAUUCUAUUUGCCAAGAAAAAAGAUGGGACGUUAAGGUUAUGCAUCGACUGUUGUCAACUAAAUCGAGUCAGGAUCAAGAACUGGUGUCCGCUUCCAAGAAUUUAUGACUUGUUUGAUCAACUGAGAGGUUCAAAAAUUGAUCUCAGGUCAGGUUACUAUCAAUUACAAGCCAAGGACGAGGAUAUACCGAAGAUUGCAUUUCAGACUACGUAUGGUCACUACGAGUUUGUAGUAAUGCUCUUCGAACUGACCAAUGCACCAACAGUAUUCCUGAGCCUAAUGAACAAGAUCCUUACACCAUACCUUGACCAGUUUGUAGUAGUGUUCAUUGACGAUAUUUUAAUAAAUUCAAGGUUCGAGGAGGAGCAUGAACAACAUUUGAAGAUUGUUCUUCAAGUCCUUAGAGAUAACCAGCUGUAUGCCAAGUCAAUAUCUGAGAAAUGGAUUGUAGUAGAUUCAACCAAGGUAGAAGCAGUCUUGGAUUGGAAGCAACAAAAGACUGUUUUCGGCUUUGCUCAUGACAAAUAUUGGCCUGUGUUUCCUAAUUUGACCUAUUUGGAAUUGGAUGCUUGCAAUGACUUUCGCUACAAGAAUUUGUCAGACUUAUUGAAUAGUGUGCCUAAAUUGGGCACUUUUCAAUUUGAGAUGUUAAAGCAAGUGUUUGUGUUGAAGCCCCUUAUCCAGCAUGCUCUCGCAGCCAUGACACAUGUGAACCAAGUAUUUGUGCUUUUGAAAUCAAUUUCUAAUAUUAAGCAUCUACAUCUAAAGGCUAGCACUAUGACAGCUUUCGGCUUUGCUAAUGACAAAUAUUGGCCUGUGUUUCCUAAUUUGACCUAUUUGGAAUUGGAUGCUUGCAAUAACUUUGGCAGCAUGAAUUUGUCAAACUUAUUGAAUAGUUUGCCUAAAUUGGGCACUUUUCACUUCGAGAAGAAGUGGUAUCAGAACCGAGUUGGUCAUUUUUCAGAAAAACAGAGUGCGAUUUUCAAAACUGCCAACUGUCAAGUUGCUCAAAUUUCACUUUUAAGGAUACCAGGAGGAAGCUCUCGACGAGGUGAGUCUAGAACUGCAUAG